AUGGUCCUCAUCAACACCAUCGAUAUCUCUCCUCCCCUCCUCAACUCCUCCUGCGCGUGGUCCUCCGAUCUCAAGCAACUUACAGAGCUGUACGAGUCUGAAUACACAGGGGCAAUCACGACUCGCACCGCGACUCUGAAGGGCUUCGAAGAAGAUGAGAAACACACAGUAGCCUUCACCACAUCAGGCACGACAACCAUCAACUCCUACGGCUAUUCACCGCACCCCCUCUCGCAAUACCUCACCUGGGUCGAAGAAAUUCUCACCACUCACGCCUCCUUCAACAAAGCCAUCAUCAUCAGCAUCACCGCCUCCACCGCGGGCGAGAUCGCGCAAAUGGUCGACGCGAUCCAGGAGCUGCGCACGAAGCUGCUCGACAACCAGCGCCCGUCGGGAAAGACACGGAUCGGGGUCGAGCUGAACACAUCGUGUCCGAACAUCUCGUACGCGUCACCGUCGGGGUACUCGUUCAAGUCACUCUGGCCGCUCGUGAUCGUGCUGGGCGACGCGUUCGCGCAGGACCCAACACUGACGCUUGGGAUGAAGCUCCCGCCGUACACGCAUAUGGACCAGUAUAUGGAGGUCAUGGCGGGUUUGCGCUCGCUUGCGGUCACCCCGCCAGGAAGGGAAAAGACGAACCCGUUUGCGUUUCUGACGUGCACGAAUACGUUGGGAAACUCGCUCCUGUUCUCCGAGCAGACGGUACCCAAGGAAACGGGUGAUAAGAAUGAGGGUAAGGAUGCCGAGAAAGAGAAGGACGACACGAAGGCGAAAGCGAAAACAAGCCAAUUCGCUGUCCCGCCCGUCCUGGGCGGCCUCGCUGGUGAUGGUCUCCACCCACUCGCACUCGGGAACGUGUACAGGUUUCGCCAGAUGCUUUCGGAGGAGAGCAAGGAGACGGGCCUAAGUGAUAUCAAAAUCAUUGGCGUGGGAGGUGUGACGUCCAAGGAGGCGGCUGAACGGAUGAGGAAGGCGGGUGCUGAUGUGAUCGCGUGCGCCACACUGUUCGGAAAGGAAGGCGUGCGUGCGUUUGAGAUACUAGGAAAGGAUUGA